GUGAGACAGUGACGCAGCACUUGUGUUUUAAUUAGCUGAUAACCUCAAGAAAAACUUACAUUUACUCCUGUAUUUAUUACUUUUAUGUAUUUAAUAGUUUGAAACGUAUUUAUAUUUGCAAAAAAAAACUUUGUAAAUAGCUUUCUGUCAACUUUUGGUGACUGUAAUUUUAAAGACACAUUUGUGUUUGUGUGAUCAUGGACCAAACGGGCUCCUAUCCAGUGAAACUACAUGUUUACGACCUGUCCAGAGGCAUGGCCAGACAGCUGAGUCCUCUCAUGCUUGGGAAACAGUUGGAUGGGAUAUGGCAUACAGCUAUUGUGGUCCACGGAAAGGAGUUCUUCUUUGUUGGAGAAGGCAUCAGCAAUUGUCCACCAGGUGGCACUCCUCUGGGUGAGCCGGGCUCUGUGGUGGACCUGGGCGUCACUGAGGUGCCUGCAGAGAUAUUUAUGGAGCAUCUAACUUCCCUAGCCGAGUCCACUUACAGUGGUGACAAGUACAACUUGUUUGAGCACAACUGUAACUCUUUCAGCAAUGAGGUGGCCCAGUUCCUUACGGGCAAAAAGAUCCCAUCAUACAUCACAGACCUUCCAUCUGAAGUACUGUCCACGCCAUUUGGACAGGCUCUCCGCCCUUUAUUGGAUUCAGUCGUCAUUAAUCCUGGAGGCAACAACAUAACUGGACAGCGCUAGAAGGAGCCAUGUGUAGAGGAAAUGAAGAGAGCACUUUGUCUUUAACCAUUUGUUACCUUACCAACACCGUACAAAGUAAUCCUGAGUAAUUCUGUCAUAUAUUUGCCUUUUAUUUUUAAAGGCAACAUCCUUGUCUUUUAUUCCUCUUUGUUCCCAUGUAAGUAACAGCUGAAAGUGCCUUGGAACGAGGAUUUAUAUUUCUAAGUUCUUUUAUAUACUUAUACGUCCCAUUUUUGUCAUAGUCCUCAUGGUCUUUCAGGCAGAGUCAACAGUUCUGUUAAAAUGAGACAUCAGGGCUUCUUUUUCUUGUUCUCAAACAAAGAGUUUAGGGUCCUCUGAAUGUAAACUUAAGUAUUUAUUUUCUAUUGCACAGGUAAUUAUGUGAUCAUUACUUGCCAAACGAGUCUAAUGAAUAUUCUUCAACUUGGCUCAUUGUGAUAUUUAUUUAUUUCUACUCCCCCUUUUUGGUCAUUAUGCCAAGACACCAGAACCAGUUAAAACUGCUCUGCUGGCUCAUUUCUCUUUUAAGAAAUACACUUUCACCUGUUGUCUAGUGAGAUUAACUUCUGAUUUGCUUGUGUUAUUUGUUGCAUCUGAUAUAAGUAAACGCAGGAUUUAAAAAAGUGUUUUAUUACAAGACCAGUCAGCUUGUAGACCACUAUUUGAUUUGUCUGUCAUGUCGUAAAGGCAGAGUGUUUCGCAUCUCAAUGGACGUUUGAUGACACGAAGCAAUGAAGAAUUGUAUUUACUAAACUAAACCUGGUCUAGUAAAUCUUGCGUACUGUAGGGUCUUAAAGCCCCUUACCUCCAUUAUUUUGUAGUUGGGGUUAAACAUUGUUUACAACAACACCCAGGAGAGUCCAUCUCCUGAUUAUGUUUCCAUAGGAUCAAUGUUAUUUUAAACACACUAUUGUUUUACAUUUAUUUAUGCAGCUAAAUGCAAAAGGCCUCAACUGUUUUUCAAAUUAUUCUCAAAUUUAAAGUCAUACAUUGAUGUUAAAAAGGUUUAUGCCCAGUUACAAUUAUUAAUUUUUUUAUUAAUAAUUUAUUAGUUG